AUGUCACGGAAAAGUUCAAAGAUUUUUAAAUCGAGUGAUGAGGAAUUCAGUGAUGAUCAGGGUGAUGAUUUUGACUCUGACUCUGAUGUCGACUAUGUUACAGAAUCAGAACACAAUACUGACACUGAAGAAGAAGGCGAGACAAACUACUCAGAUGAAGAAGAAGAAAAAGAUCCUGAAGGUUAUGUCGGUCAAGGGAAAACAUGUGAUUAUUUUUGGAGUACAAAAGAACCAAAUUCGAAAAAGAGAACGCCUCAUCAUAACAUUAUUUUAAAAGUUCCAAUGUUGAAAUCAUCGGCUUCAGAAUUAGGCGAGACUCCAGAUUGUUUGAAAGUAUGGGAAUUGUUUUUUGAUAAAUAUAUUAUUGAUAAAAUUGUUCUCUACACAAAUCAAAAGCUAAAUAACACAAGGGAACACUUAUCUCGAAUUUAUCAAGAUCGUGAUAAAUUUAAAUCUCCUAGCUAUUUGAACGACACCUCUGUUGUUGAAAUUAGAGCUUUUUGUGGACUUCUUCUUCUAACAUCUAUUUAUGGUUCUGCUCAUGAAAAUGUAGAGUCUCUGUUUUCUACUGAUUGCUUAGGACGACCAGUAUUCAGUGCUACAAUGUCGCCACGAAGAUUUGCAUCUUUAUCGACUAAUUUACGUUUCGAUGAUUCUACAACUCGUUCUGACAGAAAAAAAGCUGACCCAACAGCUGCAAUUUCCGAAAUUUUCCAAAACAUUAUUGAUAAUUGUCAAAAAGUAUACAAUGUGGGAGCUUAUGCUUGUAUAGAUGAAAUGUUGUUAGCUUUUCGAGGUAGAUGUCCAUUUAAAAUAUAUAUGCCAAAUAAGCCUGCGAAAUACGGAGUAAAAAUCAUGUGUCUCACUGAUGCUCGAAAUUCGUAUUUGUACAAUGCUUAUAUUUACUGCGGAAAAAAUAGUGAUUCACAAGGCUUGACUCCUGAAGAAAAAAAAUUUUUUGAAACCAACUCAAUCUGUUUUACGUCUCAGUAA